UCUAAAAAAUAGAAAGUGGGUUUCCUAUAAAAACAAACACUGCACGACUACUUCGCAAGCGAUUAAUUUCUAAUCACUAAACUAAUUAAUUACUAGAUAAAUGCCCCCCGAUCUCAUUAAAAGUAUCUGGUGAAAAGACUUCUAUCUAAUGCUGCUCGAGCACUUUUUAAAAAGGAUAAUUUUGACAAGUAAUAAAAAUGGCGGUAUUGCUUCGGCAUAACCUACAAUAAUAUUACAAUUACUGAUAAACUGUUUUUCGUAUGUUUGCCAAGAAAUAUUGUAUUAAUUCUUUAUAAUUGUGACAUUGUAUUGUGUAUUUACAAUAAGCCAUCGUUAUGGCGGAUGCGGCUGCCAGACAGCUACAAUAUGAAUAUAAAGCUAACUCCAAUCUUGUCUUACAAGCCGAUGUGAGAUUGAUAGAGCGACGUGGACGAGAUGAAGCGACCGGUGAGGUUCUGUCACUCUCGGGCAAACUCGGUGGGACCCGUAUGGGUGACAGAGCACAGAGAACUAAGCCAGACAAAGCUGAAGAAAGAAAAGCAAAGCGACAGAAACGUGACGAAGCAUCAUACGAGCUGUCAAAGUCGAAGACGGCGCGCGUAGCGUGGGCGGACGACUCGCCCGGCGUGCUGUACCGGCCGCGGGCACAGCACACGCGGCACGCGUACGAGCUUCUACUGUCGUUCAUGCAGAGCGCGCUCGGAGACCAGCCCAGGGACAUACUGUGUGGGGCGUGUGAUGAGGUGUUGGUAGUACUGAAAAAUGAUAAACUGAAGGAUCUAGAGAAGAAGAAAGAAAUAGAAUUGCUACUGGGACCCAUAGCUGAUGAAAGAUUUGCAUUAUUAGUUAAUUUAGGUAAAAAGAUAACAGAUUUCAAUAUAAACACAUCGUCUGAAGGCAACACUGAAAUAGAUGAGACAUAUGGAAUCAAUGUGCAAUUUGAGGAGUCUUCAGAGGAAGACGAUGAGGAUGCAUAUGGAGAGGUCCGCGAAGAAGAUAAGGAAGACGGCGAAGGUACAGAUAACGAAAAAGAGAAAAACAGCAGCGGCGAUGAAGACAGCGACGGGGAGGGGCGGAGGAACGCUAUACAUACUAACCUAUCAGAAGAGCAAACACAAAAGCGUCGGGACACAGUACUCCACCCCAUGGACAUCGACGCGUACUGGCUCCAACGCCGGCUCUCCCGCCAUUUCCCCGACGCCAUGGUCUCCCAAGCGAAGUCCAGCGAGGUGCUGAAGGCGCUAGCUGACGCCGCAGACGACCGAGACCUGGAGAAUAGGCUGGUUCUGCUGCUAGGAUACGACUGCUUUGAUUUUGUGAAAGUUUUAAACAAAUAUAGACACAUGAUUCUAUACUGCACAAAGUUAGCCUCAUCGCAGUCUGAGAGCGAGCGGGCGGCGAUUAGGGAUGAAAUGUCUCGCCAGCCGCACUUGCAGAAAAUAUUAGCACAACUGGAGACGGGGAAAGGGGAUGACGAGAUGGACAAGCAAUCGGAGGCGCCGCGUAAACGGCACAAAUCCGAAGUGGAGACAGGCGAGGGCACAGGCCAGGUGAGCGGCUCCCGCAAGAUGCUGCAGCUCGAGGAUCUUGUGUUCGCGGCCGGAGCUCAUUUCAUGGCCAACAAGAGGUGUCAGCUGCCACCCGGAUCCUUCAGAAAACAGCGGAAAGGUUACGAAGAAGUGCAUGUGCCAGCCCUGAAACCUAAGCCAUUCGAAGAGGACGAGACCCUUGUACCAAUUGAGAAGUUACCCAAAUAUGUGCAACCAGCUUUUGACGGUUUCAAGACCCUCAACAGGAUACAGAGCCGCAUCUCGAAGGCUGCGCUGGAGACUGACGAGAACCUGCUGGUGUGCGCGCCCACCGGCGCCGGCAAGACCAACGUGGCGCUGCUGUGCAUCCUGCGCGAGGUGGGCAAGCACGUCAACGACGACGGCUCCGUCAACGUAAACGACUUCAAGAUGAUAUACGUGGCGCCGAUGCGCUCCCUCGUGCAGGAGAUGGUGGGUAACUUCAGCAAGCGUCUAUCGGCGUACAACAUGAAGGUGUCCGAGUUGACCGGUGACCACCAGCUCACCAGGGAACAGAUUGAGGCCACCCAGCUGAUCGUCUGCACACCAGAGAAGUGGGACAUCAUCACCAGGAAAGGCGGCGAGCGGUCGUUCACCAACCUGGUGCGACUGAUCAUCAUCGACGAGGUGCACCUCCUGCACGACGAGCGCGGCCCCGUGCUGGAGGCGCUCGUCGCCAGGACACUACGCACCGUUGAGCAGACCCAGGAAGAGGUCCGUCUUGUCGGUCUGUCUGCGACGCUGCCCAACUACAAUGACGUGGCGACUUUCCUGAGGGUGAAACCCGAACAAGGGUUGUUCUACUUCGACAAUUCAUUCAGGCCUGUGGCACUGGAGCAGCAAUACAUUGGUGUGACAGAGAAGAAGGCACUCAAACGGUUCCAAGUCAUGAACGACAUAGUGUAUGAGAAGACGAUGGAGCACGCCGGCAGGAAUCAGAUAUUAGUGUUCGUACAUUCGCGAAAGGAGACAGGCAAGACGGCCCGCGCGAUACGCGACAUGUGCUUGGAAAAAGACACCCUGGGACAGUUUCUUAGGGAGGGUUCAGCGAGUAUGGAGGUGCUCCGUACCGAGGCGGAACAGGUGAAGAACCCUGAACUCCGCGAGCUGCUGCCGUACGGCUUCGCAAUACAUCACGCCGGCAUGAGCAGGGUGGACAGGACACUCGUCGAGGAUCUGUUCGCUGAUCGGCACAUACAGGUACUGGUGUCGACAGCGACCCUGGCUUGGGGCGUGAACCUGCCCGCGCACACGGUCAUCGUGAAAGGCACCCAGGUGUACUCGCCGGAGAAGGGAAGGUGGAGUGAGCUGGGAGCGCUGGAUGUGCUCCAGAUGCUGGGAAGAGCUGGUCGGCCGCAGUACGAUACCAAGGGCGAAGGUAUCCUCAUCACGAACCACUCAGAGCUGCAGUACUACCUGUCGCUCCUGAACCAGCAGUUGCCCAUCGAGUCGCAGCUGGUGGGAAGACUCCCGGACAUGCUCAAUGCCGAGAUAGUGCUCGGCUCAGUGCAGAGUCUCCGAGAUGCUGUUACUUGGCUUGGCUACACGUACCUCUACAUCCGCAUGCUGCGUCAGCCCACCCUGUACGGUGUAACGCCGGAGAAGCUGCAAGAGGACCCGCUGCUCGAGCUGCACCGCGCCGAUCUCAUACACACCGCGGCCAAUCUGCUGGAUAAGGCGGGCCUGAUAAAGUACGAGCGCAAGUCGGGCCACUUCCAGCCGACGGAGCUGGGCCGCAUCGCGUCCCACUUCUACUGCACGUACGAGACGAUGCAGUCGUACAAUCAGCUGCUGCGGCCCACGCUCGGCGAGAUCGAGCUGUUCCGCGUGUUCUCGCUCUCCGCCGAGUUCAAGAACAUCACCGUCCGGGAGGAGGAGAAGCUGGAGCUGCACAAGCUCAUGGAGAGGGUCCCUAUCCCAAUCAAGGAGAGCAUAGAAGAGCCGUCGGCCAAGAUAAACGUGCUGCUACAGGCGUACAUAUCGCAGCUGAAACUGGAGGGGUUCGCGCUCAUGGCCGACAUGGUGUACGUCACGCAGUCCGCCUGUCGGCUGCUGCGGGCGAUAUUCGAGAUCGUGCUGCACAGAGGUUGGGCCCAACUAGUGGACAAGACAUUGGCACUAUGCAAAAUGGUGGACCGACGCAUGUGGCAGUCGAUGUCACCGCUCAGGCAGUUCAGGAAAAUGCCAGAAGAGGUCGUCAAGAAAUUAGAGAAAAAGAAUUUCCCAUGGGAGAAAUUAUACGAGUUGGGACCGAACGAGAUCGGCGAACUGGUGCGCGCUCCGAAACUGGGCAAGAUGAUACACAAAUACGUGCACCAGUUCCCAAAGCUGGAGCUGUCCACGCACAUACAACCCAUCACGCGGUCCACCCUCCGAGUGGAGCUCACCAUCACGCCUGACUUCCAGUGGGACGAGAAGAUCCACGGGCAGUCGGAGGCGUUCUGGAUCCUCGUGGAGGACGUGGACAGCGAGGUGGUGCUACACCACGAGUACUUCCUGCUCAAGGAGAAGUACAGUAAAGAUGAGCACCAGGUGAAGCUGUUCGUGCCGGUGUUCGAGCCGCUGCCGCCCCAAUACUUCCUCAGGGUGGUGUCUGACAGAUGGAUAGCAGCGGAGACGCAGCUGCCGGUGUCUUUCCGCCAUUUGAUCCUGCCCGAGAAGAACUUACCGCCCACCGAACUGCUAGACCUGCAGCCGCUGCCGAUAUCCGCCCUGAGGAACCCUAAAUACGAGGAGUUGUACAACGACACCUUCCCGCAGUUCAAUCCCGUGCAGACGCAGGUGUUCAACGCGGUAUACAACUCGGACGACAACGUGUUCGUGGGCGCCCCGUCCGGUAGCGGCAAGUCGGUGGUGGCCGAGCUGGCGCUGCUGCGGCUGCUGUCCACCACCAACAACCCGCGCGCCGUCUACCUACUGCCCAAGGACGCGCUCGCCGACAUCGUGUUCGCCGAUUGGUAUCACAAGUUUGGCACGCGGUUCAACCUGAAGGUGGUGCAGCUGACUGGCGAGACGGCGACCGAUCACAAGUUGCUGAACAAGGGCCAGAUAAUCAUCACCACGGCUGACAAAUGGGACGUGCUGUCGCGCAGAUGGAAAGUCCGCAAGAGCGUGCAGAGCGUCUCGCUGUUCAUAGUGGACGCGCUGCAACUCCUCGGCGGCGAGGAGGGGCCCGUCCUCGAGGUGGUCUGCUCCAGGAUGCGGUACAUCGCCUCGCAAAUCGGUCGGCCGAUCCGCAUAGUGGCGCUGUCACUGCCGCUGGCGGACGCUCGCGACGUGGCGCAGUGGCUCGGCUGCAACGCCAACGCCACCUUCAACUUCCACCCGAGCGUACGCCCGUUGCCGCUCGAACUGCAUAUACAGGGCUUCAACAUAUCGCACGCGGGCUCCCGGUUAGCGGCCAUGACGAAGCCGAUAUACGCGGCGCUGGGACGAGUGGCGGGCUCGCGGCCCGCGGCCGUGUUCGUGCCGUCGCGCCGCCACGCGCGCCUGCUGGCGGCCGACCUGCUGGCGCUGGCCGCCGCGCACGGCCGCCCCACCAGGUUCCUGCACGCGCGCCCUGACCUCAUGCAGCCCUUCCUCAAGCGGAUACACGACAAGAUGCUGAAGGAGACGCUGGCGGCGGGCGUGGCGUACCUGCACGAGGGCGUGGAGACGAGCGACCGGCGCGUGGUGCAGCAGCUGGUGGAGUCGGGCGCCAUCCAGCUGUGCGUGCUGGCGGCCGAGCUGGCGUGGGGCUUCGCCGCGCACGUGCACACCGUCAUCGUCGCAGACACGCACACGUACAACGGCAAGCUGCACUCGUACGAGCAGUACCCGAUCACGACGGUGCUGCAGAUGCUGGGGCGCGCGUGCCGCCCCCUGGAGGACGACCACUCGGUCGCGGUGCUCAUGUGCGUCGCACACCACAAGACAUUCUUCACCAAGCUGCUCAACGACUGUUUGCCGCUAGAGAGCCACUUAGACCAUAGACUACACGACCACAUGAACGCGGAGAUCGUGACGAAGACCAUAGAGAACAAACAGGACGCGGUGGACUACCUCACGUGGACGUUCCUGUACCGCCGUCUCACGCAGAACCCCAACUACUACAAUCUGCAAGGAGUCACGCACAGGCACCUGUCGGAUCACCUGUCCGAGCUGGUGGAGAGCACCCUCACGGACCUGGAGCAGUCCAAGUGCAUCGCCAUCGAGGACGAGAUGGACGUGCAGCCGCUCAACCUGGGCAUGAUCGCCUCCUACUACUACAUCAACUACACCACAAUAGAACUGUUCAGCCUCUCACUCACAAACAAGACCAAGAUCCGCGGUCUGCUCGAGAUCAUAUCCUCGGCCGCGGAGUACUCGGACCUCUGCAUCAGGCACCGGGAGGAGAACAUCAUCAAAGCACUCGCCGCCAAAGUGCCGCACAAGCCGACGGCGCCCUCUGGCGGCACGGUGAAGUACAACGAGCCGCACGUGAAGGCACACGUGCUACUUCAGGCGCAUUUGUCGCGCAUGCAACUGCCCGCAGAAUUGCAGGCCGACACCGCCAUUGUACUCACAAAGGCGAUCCGUCUGAUCCAGGCGUGCGUGGACGUGGUGUCGAGCAGCGGGUGGCUGUCUCCAGCCGUGGCGGCCAUGGAGCUCGCGCAGAUGGUGACGCAGGCCAUGUGGGCCAAGGACUCGUACCUGCGCCAGCUGCCGCACUUCACGCCCGAGCUGGUGCAGCGUUGCGCCGAGAAGAACGUGGAGACUGUGUUCGACGUGAUGGAGCUGGAGGACAAUGCCCGCGCCAAACUACUGCAGCUGUCCGCCACCGAGAUGGCGGACGUGGCGCGCUUCUGCAACAGAUACCCCAACGUGGAACUGUCAUAUGAGGUUAAGAACGAGCGGCGACUGAGCGCCGGCAAGCCGAUCGUGGUGGAGGUGUCCCUGGAGAGAGAGGAUGACAUCGUAGGGCCAGUCAUCGCGCCGUUCUUCCCUCAGAAACGCGAAGAAGGCUGGUGGGUGGUGAUCGGUGACCCCAAAACGAACACCCUCCUCUCAAUCAAGCGGGUGUCCCUCGCUCGGACCGCUAAGGUGCGGCUGGACUUCGUGUGCGGCAGUCCUGGCCGGCACACGUACACGCUGUACUUCAUGUCGGACGCGUACCUCGGGGCCGACCAGGAGUACAAGUUCAACGUGGAAGUAGGCGACGCCCACUCAGAGUCGAGUGAUUCGGAAUAAAUUUGUGUAUAUUUUAAGUGAUAAUAAAUCUUGAUUUGAAAGAA